AUUUAGAGAAUGGAAACAGAUGUAGCUGACUUCUCUGAUCUUCAGCAACAAGCAGAGCACCUGACAGCUGAAUUUGACAGUGCCUCUGAUCUGCCACGAGUUAACAGAAACAUUGCCCAGAUCCUAGAGGCAGGGUCCCGACUUCUGUCUAAAGUUGCUCCAAUCAGUCAGGAUUCCACUGAUGUCAGAGCGUCUAUAUUGCUUGGCACUAAAGGAUACGAUGUCCCCAAAAUAUCUCAGAAACUAGAAGGACUAAGUGCCGCCAAAACAUUUGAACCUCUUGAACCUGUAAAAGACACAGACAUUCAAAGUUUUCUCAAGAAUGAAAGAGAGAACGCUUUAUUGGCAGUCAUAGAGCAAACACGGAAACAUACAUUUGAGGAAUCUGAAAGGAGACACUGGGAAUGCAUGGAGAAUGAGUGGGAGAGAGAAAAACAGAAGAUCCUGAAUACUCUACGAGGAUUAAAUCAGGACACAACAGAUUUACAACCAGAGGCAGAGAGUUUUGCAGUAGAUCCUGUUAGUAUGCAUGGCAGAAGCAAUUUAAAUAACAUAGAGAUGGCAUAUGCUAGACAGGUGUACAUGUACAAUGAACAAGUUUUACAAGGCAGUAUCCGACCAAACUUAGCCGAGGCUUUCUCGGAGGUUGCUAACAGUCUGGAUGAUAAGCCUGUGAUGGACCUGUGGGAGCAGGUUAAAUUCAUGGUAGACAUUCCCCUCAUCUCCUCCAACAGUGUCAAAGAAACCCGCACAGACUACCGCACACAGGCAGCAUUUGUAGAGAAGGGGAAGGAGUACCUCGAACAGAUGUACUCCAAGCACAUCCAAAGUACAAUUUACAGUAACCUACAGCAAGCCCAGCUUGGUGGGAUACCGUCCACCUAUAACCAGGUCAAGAGUUACCUGAAUGUCUGCCCGCCUCACAUCAAGGGCCUGGAGGAUGGGUCUGUAGACGGACAUCCAGUCUGGGCAAUGAUCUACUACUGUCUUAGGUGUGGAGACCUACAGGCAGCUCUACAAGUCACAGAAAAAGCAGCACACAAUCUUGGAGAUUUCCCUGCUUAUCUAAGGGAAUAUGUUACAGAUGAAGAUCGCAGGUUGUCUGCAGCAAGUGAAACCAAGAUCAAUUUACAUUAUAGGAGAAUCAUUAAGAAUGGAAAUGACCCAUUUAAAAGGGCUGUGUUUUGUGUGGUGGGUAGAUGUGAUCCUACAGAAGACCACUCGGAGAUAGCGGAUAAGAUUGACGACUACUUGUGGAUUAAGUUAUCUCAGAUCCAGGUGGAUCCGGACCCCUCCAGACAGGACGGAUUUACUCUACAAAGAUUACAGAGCCUGCUUUAUGAAGAUUUUGGUGAGAGUCACUUUGGUGGAUACCAGAACCCUUUCCUUUAUUUCCAAGUCCUCAUUCUCACAGCUCAGUUUGAGGCGGCCAUUGAAUUCAUGUCCAGAAUUGACCGACUCUUGUGUCAUGCUGUCCAUGUGGCUCUGGUUCUGUAUGAACUCAAAAUGUUACUCCUUCCUCAGUCAACUCAGGCUCAGUUAUUGACCAAAGACCCAUCUGAUGAGGGACCACUAAGGAGAUUGAAUUUUUUCCGACUUAUCACCAUGUACACCCGUAAAUUUGAAGCCACAGAUCCCAGAGAAGCACUACAGUAUUUUUACUUCCUAAAUGAUCUGAGAACAUCCCAAGGGGAGAAUCUCUUCAUGUCCUGUGUCAGUGAACUAGUACUGGAGACAAGAGAGUUUGAGAUGCUAUUGGGAAAGAUUGAACCAGAUGGAACAAGGAGGUUAGGUGCAAUAGACAAAUUUCAACAUGACACACAGCGAAUCAUAGAACUGGUUGCCAGGGAUACAGAAAAUAAAGGAAUGUUUGAGGAAGCUGUUAUGUUAUAUGACCUUGGGGGUAAACAUGAUAAAGUUUUAGAGUUAUUAAACAGACUGAUCAGUCAAGUUGUAUCACAGCCAAACACCCCACAAUCGGCGAGGGACCGACUCCGCAGUGUGGCCGUCAGUAUCGCCAAAAGAUACAGAGAAGGAAAUACUGAAGGGUCAAGGUCAAACACCAGCACAUUUUAUCUGUUACUUGACCUUCUGACCUUUUUUGAUUACUUCCAUGAAGGCAAUGUAGACGAAGCCUUUGAGGUGAUGAAACAGCUGAAGUUACUUCCCUUGACAGCGGAUGCUGUGGAACACAAAGUGAAUGCUUUCAGGCAUUACACAGAUGAGGUCAGACGAUGUUUACCAGACAUUUUGAUUGCUACAAUGAAUAUUUUACAUAAUCAGUAUAAGAAUGCCAAGAACUCUGCCCCAAGGGGAGGUUACUCUGGUCAAGGGAAGUCAGAAGACGGGGGAAAGGAAACUUACCUGAAUUAUUUACGGAGUGAGGCGAGGGCUUUGAUUAUGUUUGCAGGUAUGCUUCCCUACAGACUGCCUGGGGACACUAAUGCUCGCUUGGUCCAGAUUGAAGUGCUAAUGAACUGAUCACACAUAAUGACUCAUUAGGUGCUUAAUAUUGUGUUGAAAGACAUUAAAAACUUAAUGAAU